AUGGAGCAAAUUCAAGAGCUCAUACAUGUUCAACCGGGUGUAUCAUCUGCGUCGCACGAAGAUGAUCGUCUAUCAGCUCGCUAUGAUUUUCUGUACUACCUCGACCAACAAGACGACAUCCAAAAUCAUCAUCCCGGAAUUUACGUCUACAACAACGACUUCAUCGGCGCCGCAUCAUACAACAUCUUCGUCGGAAUCGCCGUCGCAUUCAUAUUCGGAGGAGCGUUCUUCUUCGAUUUAUUCUGGCCGGAACGUCACGAGAGUCGCUCUGUCCGGUUGGCGUGGAAGAUUUGUGCCGUAAUUGUGUCGGUGAUGAUGCUGAGUUCGGCCCUGACCAUGACGAUCAUCACAGCGACAGGAAGUGCUCGCAUCGAUGGAACGGAUGCGUCAACGGCGCGGAAGUUUUGGGAAGAAUCGAUGAAGAAGCCUGCUUUGAAAUAUCAUACCAACCCAAGGGCGAUCGCAUCCGCUGUUCUGGCUUGGCCGGGGUGGGUAUUUACAACAGUCAGUACCGUUAUUCUCUUCCUGUCGCAGCGCCACGAUGAUCAGUAUGGGCCCAAGUCAGCCUACGGUCGGCAACUGGGCAGUGCUGCGGAUACAGGGGAGAGUACAACUACGGAGGAUAAAGUCGUCAAUGGUGUAUAA